UGACAAAGGAUCCUCCAAUGAAACAUAACAUGUUCCACAAAAAGUCAACAAAAUGCUUUGAUUAAUCAAAAGAUUGGCCCAUGUUGAUGGGGAUAUACUGAUAUUUAGCAGUCAAGUUGGAAAACCUUUCUUUGUCCUACUUCCUCUGGCUUCAUGUUAAAAGUUCAAAGUUCAAACUACUAAGUUUCUUGAGUUAAACACUCUUACAUAAAAAAAUUAAAAAAAAAAAAAAAAAACACUACUGCUGAAUCUGAACUUCUUCUUUUUGUGGUUGUGAAUUAAGAAACUUUUGGAGAGACUAUGGCUGUUGGUUUGGCAAUUGCAACAGAAGGAGGAAACUACAAUGGCGGAAUCACAUCAUUUGUAGUUUUAUCUUGCAUGAUGGCAACCAUGGGAGGAGUCAUUUUUGGCUAUGACAUUGGAAUUUCAGGUUUGCUUCUGCCUGCAAUACAAAACUUAACUUUCUCUCUUGAUGGAACUGCAAUUGGAUGAUUGACAUGCUGAGAUGACCUUUCAUUCUGUUAUCUGUUUGUACUACAUACUUGUAGGCUAAAUGGUUUUCAUUUUUCUUUGCUGUAAACAAUGACUGAUGUAAAUUCUUGUUUAUUCAAGACAUGAAAAUGGCUGACCCUUUUUUUCUGGUGAAAAAAUUAUGAAGGUGGAGUUACUUCUAUGGAGCCAUUCUUGGAAAAGUUCUUCCCAGAUGUCUACAAGAAAAUGAAAGAGGACAAUAGCAUAAGCAAUUACUGCAAGUUUGACAGCCAGUUGUUGACUUCAUUCACUUCCUCACUGUAUUUGGCUGGACUUGUUGCUUCCCUCUUUGCCUCAUCCCUCACUCGAGCCUUUGGCCGCAAACCAUCCAUUCUUUUUGGAGGCGCUGCUUUUCUCGCCGGUGCUGCUCUUGGUGGCGCCGCUCAGAAUGUUUAUAUGCUGAUUUUCGGCCGAGUUUUGCUUGGUAUAGGUGUUGGUUUCGCCAACCAGGCUGUCCCACUGUAUCUGUCAGAAAUGGCGCCAGCCAGAUUCAGGGGAGCAAUCAAUAACAGCUUCCAACUCAGUAUAGGCAUUGGAAUUUUGAUAGCAAACUUGAUUAACUUUGGCACUGAAAAGAUUAGGGAUAAUCGAGGAUGGCGAAUUUCCCUGGCUUUGGCUUCAGUUCCUGCAUUGAUUCUAACCAUUGGCGCACUUUUCCUACCUGAAACACCAAAUAGUGUAAUUCAGCGCAGCAAUGAUUAUGAAAAGGCUACAAGGAUACUGAGGAAAGUCAGAGGAACUGAAGAUGUUCAAGCCGAAAUUGAAGAUAUCAUAAAAGCUAGUGAGACAUCAAAAACCAUAAAGAAUCCCUUCAAGAAUAUCAUACAAAGGGAAUAUAGACCACAACUUGUGAUGUCAAUAGCUAUUCCAUUCUUUCAGCAAGUCACUGGAAUCAAUGUGAUUGCAUUCUAUGCGCCGAUUCUGUUCCGAACAAUUGGCUUGGGUGAAAGUGCCUCACUGAUGUCUGCUGUAGUGACUGGAGCUGUAGGUAUAUGUACAACAUUUCUAUCAAUGUUGAUCGUCGACAGAGUUGGCCGAAGAUCGCUAUUGAUAUACGGGGGUUUCUGUAUGUUCAUCAUGCAGAAUAUUGUGGGAGCAAUCAUGGCUGCCAAAUUAGGUGACCAUGGUGGAUUGAGCAAAGUUGAUGCCUUUGUAGUUCUGAUGUUAAUCUGCCUUUAUGUUGCUGGAUUUGGCUUGUCCUGGGGUCCCUUGGGAUGGUUAAUUCCCAGUGAAAUCUUUCCACUACAAAUAAGAUCUGCUGGCCAAAGUAUUACAGUUGCAGUGAACUUUCUCUUCACUUUUAUUGUUGGCCAAACCUUUUUAACAAUGCUUUGCCACUUCAAGUAUGGGCUUUUCUUCUUUUUUGGAGGGUGGGUCGCACUGAUGACUGCAUUUGUUUACUUAUUGUUGCCAGAAACCAAGAAUUUGCCAAUUGAGCAAAUGAAUAAGGUUUGGAGGAAACAUUGGUAUUGGAGGAGAUUAGUGGGAUCAGACAAUGAAGAGAAAGUUGAUCAAUAUGAUUGAUCUUUUAGGAUUAAACACAGGAAUUCAGAUUCAGGUUUGGUGAAAAUUGUCAUCAUCUUCUAAAUUCAGUGCUUACGAAUAUCAGACACUUCUGAUUUUUCAAUUAUUACUCUUGCAAUCGACCUUUUAAUAUGAUAAGAUGUGAAAGUCGACGUGUUACAAAAUUAGUACAACAUUUUUAAUUUGGUAUAGUCAAUUUUCUUAACCUGAAUAACAAGUUGGCAAAAUUUUACAAAAAUAAAAAUAAAAAUUCAACUUUGAGUUAGAUUUUUGACUACUAAAUUAUUUUACCUCGUCUUAUUAGUUGGUAAAUACAUAAUAAUCUCGAUUUCAAUUUGCCGAAAUUCGUUUUGUUUUGUGGGAAUUUUGGCGGUCGACCUUUUCAUCGGCUUAAAUAAGUCGACGUAUUGAGUUUUUAACGGUAAGAAUGUUUUUAAUUGUUCAAAAAGAAUUAUAUUUCAAAAAAAUAUCCUCAUCAUUAAAGAAAAU